AUUUAAGGCAGCGCACUUGAUCUGCGCCACAGCUGCAGGACUCAGGACCUUGAAAGGCUCAGGAAGAACAACCCUUGAGCACCUCAGCACUCAGCAUGUUCCUCGCUACGUUCAAGCUGUGUGCUGGAAGCUCCUAUAGACAUAUGCGGAAUAUGAAAGGAUUAAGGCACCAAGCUGUGCUGGCCAUUGGCCAAGAGCUCAACUGGAGAGCACUGGGGGAUUCCAGUCCCGGGUGGAUGGGUCAAGUUCGACGUCGGAGCUCUCUGCUUGGUUCUCAACUGGAAGCAACACUCUAUAGUGACCAGGAGCUGUCCUACAUCCAGCAGGGAGAGGUGGCUAUGCAGAAGGCCUUGGGCAUACUCAACAACCAGGAAGGCUGGAAGAAGGAAAGCCAGCAGGAGAACGGGGACGAAGUGCUAAGUAAGAUGGUGCCAGAUGUGGGCAAGGUGUUUCGCUUGGAGGUGGUGGUAGACCAGCCCAUGGACAGACUCUAUGAAGAACUUGUGGACCGCAUGGAGGCCAUGGGAGAGUGGAACCCAAAUGUCAAGGAGAUCAAGGUCCUGCAGAGGAUUGGAAAAGACACGGUCAUCACUCAUGAGCUGGCUGCGGCGGCAGCAGGCAACCUGGUGGGGCCUCGAGACUUCGUGAGCGUGCGCUGUACCAAGCGCAGAGGUUCCACCUGUGUGCUGGCAGGCAUGGCCACACAUUUUGGGGAGAUGCCGGAGCAGAGUGGUGUCAUCAGAGCUGAACACGGCCCCACCUGCAUGGUGCUUCAUCCACUGGCUGGAAGUCCCUCCAAGACUAAACUCACUUGGCUGCUCAGUAUUGACCUGAAGGGGUGGCUGCCGAAGACAAUCAUCAACCAGGUCCUAUCGCAGACCCAGAUAGAGUUCGCCAACCACCUGCGCAAGCGCCUGGAAGCCAGCCCUGCCUCUGAGGCCCAGUGUUAAGGACUGUCCACCACAUUGACCUGCAAAUCAUUGGAAGCUCUCACAGGAAGCCUGCAAGUCUGUCCAUCUUCAGCUAACAGCAUCGGGAGGGGUGGUAGUCAGGAGACACUAGGACUGACUGGUAAAAUCAGGAUCAGCAAAAUAGAAAUGAGGCUUAGAAUAAAAGUUCUCUAGUGUCUCCCACUGCAUAGCUGUGAAGGCUAAGGGAUAAGUAGCUAUGAAACCUUUCAUCUAGGCUUGUAUAUGCUGACCUAAAAGACACCAGCAGCUACGAACAGGGGAUGCUAAGGAUCGGGAACUGUUGUCUUACCAGCUCCAAAUGUCACUACCUGAAGGCAGUGUGCACACAAAGCAAGGUCUUGCCUAGGAAACUCUGUAAAAGUUCUCCUCUGUAAAAGGCCAGAACUUGAAUGAAACUACCUACAAAGGGCCUUUCCAGAGUAUUCCAACUUUUCUCUGAGGAGAAAUGAAACCAUCAUUGUGCCGACUUCCCUACUAAUCCCAUGACAAUAAAGAACAUACAUGCACACUUCAGCCUGUACAUGUCAGGUCCCAGCCUGAGGAAUCACAGCUUCAGCAGAACUCUGCGCUUAAAUCUCCUAGCUCACAAAAGGGGACAAAACGUCCGGAGAUUUAUGUCAUUUGACUGUUUAGAUUCUUUCCUAAAAAGGCAAUCUCAUAAUUAAAGGCACGUGCCUUUAAUCCCAACACUCAAGUGGCAGAGGCAGGUGGAUUUUUUCUAAUACUGAGGCUAACCUGGUCUACACAGAAGGAUAGCCAGAGCUACAUAAUGAGACUGUCUCAAAACCACAAAACCCAGGGAUUGAAAAGAUGGCUGACCUGUUGGGAGCACAAGCUGCUCUUCCAAGGAAUCCAGGGUCAAUCUCCAGCAUCCACACAGCAGCUCCCAACUCUAAUUCUAGUCCCAGGGAACCUGAUGCCCUCUUGUGGCCGCCAUGGGGACCAGGUAUGCAAGUGGUACAUAGACAUACAGAUAUGUAGGCUGAACACCCAUUAACAUUAACAACAAAACCCUUGUCGGGCACGGUGGCUCAACAGCUUUAAUCUCAACACUGCAAAUGGUGACACCAGUGAAUCGCUCCAAGUUCCAGGCCAGCUUGGACCCCAGUGAGACCGUCUCACAAAAGCAGGAACAAAAUCUUGGGAGUUGGUAGUUAAGAUUAACAGCAUCCUGGCAGGAAGAUUAUGACGGGAUUUUCAUUUACCUAUACUGAUCAAAUAAUACUGACCAAUAAUGUUAAGAUAAAGUGACUGUUCUAUUGUUUAUAGACAGAUUAGAUGCCAGCCUGGCUCAGAGCUAGCAGCUUCCUUAUUUGAAAAGGUUAAAAUGUUAUGUUACCUUCUAGGAAGACAAAUAGCUAGAAGUCAGUAGAGCUAUAACAUUCCUGUUCCAGGAUUUGGAGAUAUUACACUUUAAGGGUAUAAAUUGGGAGCCAGGUGACGGUGGCACACGACUUUAAUCCCAGUAGAGGCAGGUGGAUCUCUUGAGUUUGAAGUCAGCCUGGUUUACAGAGUAAGUUCCAGGAAAGUCAGGGCUGUUAAAUAGAGAAAUGCUGCUCAAAAACAUAAAAAAAUAAAAAUGACAAAAAUAUAAGUGUGACCAGCAAAAUGACUCAGGGUGUAAGUGCUUGCCACCAAGUCUGAUGAUGGCAGAAGCCACAGAGAUGGAAGGAGAGAGAUGAAAAACAGAGGUCCUUAUGGCUGCUUAUCUACACUAAGUACCUUACACACAUAAAUACUGGUAUAUAUUGGAAUUCCUUUCCGAAUGUGUUAAGGAUGAACAAUUCUAACAACCGAAAGCUUUUCAUUCUAAGCAUGAAAAAAAAAAAAAGUAAUGUCUGUGUGAGUGUGCAUGGGCCCCAGCAGACACGUGGAGGUCAGAGGACAACUUCAGGAGUGUGCCUUCGACCCCCACCCGGGUCUUGGGUCCUGGAUUGUUAGGGUAGGCAGCAAGCACUUUCAUCCGCAGUGCCAUUUUGCUGGCCCACUUUUCUGUCCCUUAUCGUGUGGGUAACCCCCAUCAUUUGCAAAGAACUGAGCUUAUUUAUGAAUAGAACAAUGUGGAACAUGUACUUAUUUAUUGAAGUCUUAAGCCUUCACUGAUAUUUAUUGCUCACCUCGGUGCUUUAAGGUGAGCGAGGGCAGCUGUAGAGUGUUUCUGAUAGAACCAUCCCGGGAAUCAGUUAAGAGAGCAGCCACUUGGGUGCUGAAAGACCCAUGUGUGCCGGCCUCGAGACAACAGGCUGCCAGUGGAGAAGCGCCUUCAGCAAACACUGUGGCUUUGAUUGGAUUAGUGUUUGCUCCUAUACACACCGUCACUCUAUCUCUGCCGUCUGGGAUGUUUGACCCAUUUGUUUAAUCUUAUAUUUUAAUAAAAGCAGUUGUCACUGGCAUUCUGAUACCUAUAGAUGGGUAGUAGUUCUUUUUUAAUCUUUCAAACGAACCUUAUUAACACAUUCAAGUUUACAACUGUACACACAUUUUUUUUUUCUUGUUUCACUUCAAUUGUUCUUUUGAGACAGGAUCUUCUCACUCAUUCUGUAGCCCAAGAUGGCCUGGAACUUAUAUCAACCCUUCUGCCUCUGCCUCUCAAGUGCUGGGAUUAAUGGUGGGGCCUGCAGGCAUCUGGGCAUUUUUUUCAGACACUGCUAAGUACUGUCAAGCACCUUGAUAACUUCUAAUGCAGGAAAGCCAGGUACACAAACACGUAGGUAGACAGGAGACCUGGGCAUGGUUAUGUGCCAACACCCACUCAUACUUCUUCCAAGACCAUCACUUCACUUUCUUCAGAGUCCUUCGAACACCGAUGAGCUCAUUCUACAAGCUGGCUUGUUCUUUCUUGGACUAGUCCUUGCAUUAGUGGUUAUCUAGCAGCUGGUAGGCUGUGACCCCAGCUUUAAAUAAUGCAGACACCCCAAAGAAGGCAUAGCAAGACAGAUUUCUGUCAGUUUGAAGCCAGUCAGGCUAUAUGGACAGACCUUGCCUCAAAAAAGCAAAAAAAGAUAUUCAAUGUAUGAAAGAAGUUUGGGGGAUUCAGCAGCAGACAAGUAUAUUAAAUUGUGUUAAUAGUCAUUC